GCCGGUCGGACGAAUAGGAGGAGUUCGAUCGUAAUUCAUCCGUCAUCUAAAGAAACCAGCCGGUAAAAGCAGCCCAGGAGCCGCGCGCGGAUCCUGACAUCGAUCGUCUCUACGCAUCGGGCUGAUCGUGGUAAGCUAGCGCUCAUGGACAACGCCGGGCUGCUCGCCGCCUGCCUCGCCACCGUCGUGGCCUACCUGCUCGCUGGACAUCGAUUGGUGGGUGCCGCCGACGCUCGCUGGCGCCACCUUCGUCUCAUCGUUCCCAUUGGCCGGAGAGCCAAACACGUGGCGCUCGCCGUCGCGUUGUGCCUUCACGCGGCGGUCCUCCUCUCGUCCUUCACCACCAGCAGGGACCUCGCGAUGCACCUCCACAACACGGAGGCGAAGCUAACGCGCAUGGAGCAAAUUAUCCAGAACCAAGAAAAACACAACAACGAGAUGAUGAACAGCAUAGCAAGUAUGUUGUCCAAUAAUUCAGAUGACAUAAAGUUGCUGACCUACAAACUCGCCAAAGCCGACGGCACGCCAAACUCUGAAUUCACUGUCGCAGUGGAAGAUGAUCUCCAGCCAGGUGAAACCAUGGAUCAGGAGUUUCCCAGCAUUAGUGAUGGCCCGGAGGAUGCACCGAUACCUGAUCAGCAAGACGAAGCAACGGAACCACACAAGCCAUGGAGAUUCAUCCCGGUGCCCGAAGGCCACGUCUUUGUGCCAGAAUGCGUCGGCGACGAGCUCAUAGUGCACAUCCGGCCGUCCUCGCAAAGUGACUCCGAGCACGGCGCCACCGUUGACGCCGACCAACAGCUCCCCUUCACCCGCGGAUAUCCGGAGGCGGGAACGCCGUCCUUUUACGACGGCGGUCCUUACCGCGCGCUGUUCUGGUCGCUGCCCGAGCUUGACGACCAAGGCCCAAAAAACGUCUUGCCGUUACCAUGGUCGCGGUCGGAGAUGUGGGGCAGGCUGACGGCGGCGGCGCUGGAUGGGACUUGGGCCGUAAACCCCCCGAUUAUACACGAACAUGCGUUACCUGAGUCCGUGACGCUCUCCACCGACGUGGUGAUGUUCUACCGGCCGGACCCGGAGGCUGGGGGAACGAAUGUGAUGAUUGCUGCAAUCGAGGAUGUGGAGCAUGUAUAUAGCAUGGAGGAACAUGGCGGCCCGGCGGUAACCGCUCUCACGCCGCACUCUAUUCUUCCCACUUAUUCUGGACUUCCCUAGGAGAUGCAUCUUUUGUAUCAACCAUUUAUGACCAAUAGGAGCUACUCCCUCCGUUCGGAAUUACUUGUCAUAAAAAUGGAUAAAAAUGGAUGUAUCUAUAACUAAAAUUCAUCUAGAUACAUUCAUUUCUUGGACGAGUAAUUCCGAACGGAGGGAGUAUAUACUUGGUGCCGUUUAGAUGGUUUUUUUAGAACAAAGAUGAUAUAGAGGCGUCCGGCUUUAAAUUAGAUCAGUACUCGGCGCCAGCGCGCCGGCCCAAAGUUUGGGCCGGUCGGCCCCACGCCUUCCGAUCCUUCCUGUUGUAGCCGUCCGAUCGAGCCUCUCGUACGUGCUCCUUCUUCUCCCCGAUGCAAAAUAUCCUAGCGCCUGAUCGGUCGGAACGAGAAGAAGUUCGACUAUAUCAACCGCGUUGUGAAACGCUUCCUCUUUCGGUCUACGAGGAUACGUGGACACA